CGGGGUUUCACUGGUUUCAGACAGAAUUGACAGAACACACUGUAUUAGAACUUAUUAUUGUUUACUAAAUAAAAAAUAGACUUAUGCGUACUACUUUUAUAUACUAAAUAUUUUGAACUAUUCUACAACAUAAUAGUAGAACAAUGGAAGUAAAUAAUAGAAAAAGGAAAUCCAAAAAGUUUCCAGCCACUGCUUUAGCAUUUUAUAUAAAAGUUUACUGUAAACAAAAAUCAUCAUCGAAAACUAAGUAUACUUCAAAAUUAGUAGAAGCAACAAAGUCUUGGCUGUCUCUAAGUGAGUCGGAAAAACAGGAAGUUAAUGCAAAAUACAAUGAUUGUCAAGAAAAAUAUAAAUUGCGUUUUAUAGAUCAGUUAAAAAAUGCAGAGCCUUUUAUGAAGGCAAAAGACUCAAGGUUGAACAAUUCAAGAGUAGAAACUCCAAAUUCAACUGUAUUACUACCUCAUCAGGAACAUGAAAAUAAUGUUGAAGAGUUGGAAACUCAAGAAGAACCACCUGAACAAUUAGAACAAAGUACAGAACUUGACUUAGUUUAUGAUGAACAAGACACAAUUAAUCAAGUUCAAAAUGAAGGAAGUGUGAUCACACAAGGAUUUAAUGUUGGUAAUGAAAGAACUUCUAUAGCAGAACCUUUACCUCCACCAUUUAAUGAUCAAAAUGAAAACACAGUAGAAUCAUUUGAUGGAAAUGAAAAUAAUAAAAGAGCUUUAUUAGAGGAACCAUCACCUCCAACUUUCAAGACAGGGAAGGACCUAUUUCAAAUGUUGAAUACCUGCACAUACUCUGAGGAUGAAGCUGAUAAAAUAACUUGGGUCUCAUUACCUCAGUUUGAGAAGAACCAGUAUAGUCGAGCUGUAUGUUUAUUAAAAAAAGAUUAUUUAACUAAAUAUAGGGAAUAUUUAGAGAGUUUGUCAUCUAAGGAGUUAUUUAAUUAUUACCAUAAAACAGUUGCAUAAUAAAAUUGUUUUACCUCCCAUAAUAAUUGCAAAAGUGAAAA